GAAAAAUACAAUAUUAAAGACAGUGUUUCCUGAGAAAGUCUCACUCGAAACUCGGUGAGAUGUUAUCUGAUGUCCAGCAGACGAUAAGAAAAAGAUUGUAAGAAGAAGAGUCGAGUUUUUCAUUGAAAUGAUUCACAUCCUGUGCUGGAUUUGCACUUCUAAAUGAAGCAUUCAGUGAAAGGAACCUUACUUUAUAUCUCGUUUCGCUAACGUCGAUGUAAAAACACACACAGCAAAGGAUGUCCUUAAAAUUGUGUAACUUCAAGAAAUGAGCAAAGAGUCGAGAAAUAGAAGUGAUCAAGCUCGUGAAGUGGCAGAAAUCUUCAUUAGCAACAGUGCUGACCAUUCAUCACAGUCUCUAACCAGACACCACACGAUCAACACUAUGCCUAAUUAUCUCCAUGAAUCCUAUUAUCACAAUGAGGACUACCUUCGUGAAACAUUGUCUGCAGGUUCACCUAGAGAUGGAAGAAUAUCAGCUGUGAGAAGAUUCUUCUGUCUAUUUGUCACUUUUGAUUUCUUGUUUACAACCCUUAUGUGGAUCAUUUGCCUUGUGAUAAGUGGAGAAAAAAUUCAACAAAUGCUCAUUGAUCAAAUAGUACACUACACAAUUCAUGGGUCGUUGUUUGACAUUGUGAUGGCCUCCGCUGGUCGAUUUGUGAUACUUCUUCUAUUCUAUGCAUUGCUGUGUAUUAAUCACUGGUGGGUGAUCGCGAUAACAACGGCGGGAAGUUGUGGAUUUCUUAUCAUAAAAGUCUUCUUUUUCGAGUGGGCUAAUGCCACCAACUAUACGCUAGAUGUUUUUCUUGUUCUGAGUUCUUUUGUUUUGUCAUGGGGUGAAGCUUGGUUUCUUGAUUUUCGAGUCCUGCCCCAAGAAUCCCUUGCCCGUGAUUUUUUCAGAGCUAUCUCAUCUGAUGAUGAACGCGCACCUUUGCUGCAAAAUCAGGCCCCUUCCGUCCGCAGCCAUAAUCUCGAUGACUUUUAUUCGCCAAUUGAUUCCCCGCAAGAUUCGGAUGACGAACAACCAAACAGAGCGAACCGCAGUAGCAUAGAGGAUGAAGAACUGGCGCAAAAGGCCAAAGACGCGUACGAGGAAGCCUUAAGUACAAUAAAUUCUGAUGGAUGGAAAGUUGAAAAGCAAACACCCGAAGGUGACGUCGUCCACAGUAAAUUUAUCCGACGAAAUCACAAAAUAUUCCGACUAACUGGUACCGUCGAAAUUCCCCCAAAGCUACUGUUUGACGAGCUUGAUCGAAAUAUCGAAAAUGUUCCUUCCUGGAAUCCGACGUUAAUAGAAUGUCGUAUCCUGAAGACGGUGAACGAUAAAGUUUCCGUAAGUUAUCAGUUAGCAGCUGAAGGUGGAGGUGGAAUUAUUUCUUCCCGUGAUUUUAUCAACUUACGUUACUGUGAAAAUCGUGAAGGAGUCUACAUUUGUGGAGGCGUUUCUGUCGUUUUCCCUGACAUGCCGGCCCAAAAGGGUUACGUUCGUGGAGAAAAUGGACCGGGUUGUUGGGUUAUGACGCCUAUUCCAAACGAACCCAACAAAUGUGUCUUCCAGUGGCUGCUUGACACCAAUCUUAAGGGUUGGAUUCCUCAGAGCAUAAUUGAUACAGCGUUGUCAUUUGCCAUGUGUGACUACAUUCGUUACGUCAGAACCUUCGCCGACACUUUGCGCCAAGAGGGAAAGUUUUGACCAAAAACUACCUUUGACUGAGAGGCUGCCUUUCACAGCCUCAUCAUUGAUUACUAUUGAUUGUGUCUUCUCUGAUCGUUUAUUUCUUGAAUUUUUUCUCUUCUAUCCAAUUUAUUCGGUUUUGUCAUGGUGCAAAUUCGUACUAGGUCCUUCAAUAUUCUAAACUUACUUCCUCUCUUUAGCAUUUCAAAUCGUGGUUUGGUUAUGUUAGAUAAUCUCUUGGUGUCAGCUCGGCUUUUAAAAAAGUGUAAAUGUUGAUGUUGGCCAAACCAUCGGGUGAAAUUCCACGAAAGUGUGAAGGCUUAUUGUUUUCUCCCACCUUUAUGAUGGGAGAGCAUUUGUUUUUGUUUUACUUUAGAUACUGUGAAAUCGAUUUCCUCGUAAAUUUGUGUUUCGUGUUUAUAUGUGUGUGCUUAAUUUUCUAGAAUAAUCUCGAUUAGUCUCAUUUUGUGCGAGAGGACCGCCUGAAGUUAUUUGAAUUGUUGUACGUGUGUCUCCGAUCGUUUCAUUUUUCAUCUCUCGCUUUUCUUUUUUUUUAUAUCGUGUAUGCAGAAUUUCUCAACGACAACUUAAUAAAAAGAAAAGUCAUUUGCUAUGAA